CACUAUUUUUCGCGUCGGAGGAGCAUGGAAUUUGGCGCGCUUUUUUUUGUGGCCAUUACGGGAAGGGAACACACUGUUUUUAGAGGUACAAUUUGAAGCGAUGGAAUUUUACACGGUUCUUGGUCUUGAUCAAACACCAAAAAAACUCAGAAGUGUUGGAGAAAGCUGUGAUCUUUAUUGCUAUUUCCCGCCACCCUUGCCUGAGUUUUUUGUUGUCUUCUGUUUACAAUGGUCAGAAAAAAUGAAAGAAAAGAUGUCUGUGCAGUUAUUUUUGGAUAGUGAUGACAGAAAUAUUUGCAAAACAAUAGGAGAAGUUUCAAAAGAUUCUUCAGCAAUAUGUUUCAAAGGGGAUUGGAAUGAAGAUGAGGAAUCAAUUGCUGAUGAAAUUCAAGCAAAGGGCAGACUUCUGAAGCUAUUAAUAACUCCAGCUGAUCCAGCAAGUGAUGAUAUGGACUCACAAGAUUCAGGCAUAUCAAGUGAGACUGUUUUGUUUUCCAAGAAUGAGCUGUCACCGAGAAGCAGGUCUGAUUCAAAUGAAAAAGAACAAAAGAACAAGAAACCUUUCAAAAGGGAAAAUAGAAAAACGUUACUGGACUUUUCGUUUGGUGAAACAAAGAAGUCCCAACAAACAAGAGGUGGACCUUUGAAAAGAAAAUCUAUUUUUGACUUUGAUGAUGAUAAAAAAGAUGAGCGUAAAAAGCAUAUCAAUGGUGAAACUUUAAAAUAUGUGAAUAGCAAUAAAGAGAAUUCUAAGAAAAUAAGUAAUGACCUGAUGUCACCCAUAAAAAGAAUGGAAAAGUCCAUCAAAAAAUCUCCUUACCGUUUCAAGAAUCUCUCUGAUAAUAAAAGCAGAACUUGUACAACUGCAAAAUCACCUGCCACACCUGGGCUGUUUGACCUUCAAGAACCAUCACCAAGAUGGGGACACACAUUCUGUGAAGUUGAAGCUGACAAGGCCAUUCUCAUUGGUGGGCAAGGUAUGAGGAAUCAAAUAUGCAAAGACUCUAUCUGGCAGUAUAACUUUGGUACAAAUCACUUUGAGAGGAUAGAUGAAGAAUCCAGUGAUGCAUCUCGAAGAAUGGGACACACAGCGACAUACAGCGAGGCUUCGUCACAGAUUUUUGUGUUUGGUGGCUCAAAGAGCAAAAGGUGGUACAGUGAUGUUCAUGCUCUUGACUUGAACACAAUGAAAUGGAGGAAACUAGAGCCCACUGGGAAGCCUCCUGUUAGAGCUUAUCAUUCUUGUACUUUGGUUUAUGACGAGUUGUUGGUGUUCGGUGGUGUCUACCCGAACCCAGAUCCAAUGCCAGAUGGAUGCUCCAAUGAAGUUUAUUUUUUCAACACAGAAACAAAUAGUUGGUACCAACCCAUAGUCAGAGGCGAAAAACCAAAUGCCCGGUCUGGGCACUCUGCCUGUCUGGUUGACGGAUUGCUUUACAUAUUUGGCGGUUGGGACGCCCCGACCUGCUUUGAUGAUCUUUGGACCCUUGACAUUGGACUUAUGAACUUCACGAAAUUAGAAGUAGUUGGCAAAGCUCCUUCUUCACGAAGUUGGCAUGGAGCAAUGCUCACUUCAGAUCAGCAAAGUAUGCUUGUGUGCGGUGGUUACAAUGGGGACCAAGCACUCAGCGAUGUUCACGUUUUCAGGAUAGCAUCUAGGAGCUGGUCCCAAUUAGAGACAAACAGUAAUAUUGCAAGAGCCGGUCAUAAAUUGUUAAAGCGUAAGAGACAUCGCAAAGAUGGAAAGGUAGAGGACAGUAUUGUGGUUUUUGGUGGCGGAAAUAACGAAGGAGACUUUUAUAACGAUUUAUUAGAACUGCCUAUGAAGCUGUAUGCAGCUUUAUGAAGUCAAGGGCUCUUCGAUCUCUUGCGAAUUAUGCACCCGUAGGCUCGUUUUUGUCGCAGUAUUUAUGAGUUCUGUAAAACAAUUUUUGUAUCCUGUUUUUUCAAUACGAUGUUGUUACUGAUA